AUGCGUAAUGUUUUAAGAUCUGCAAGGCAUGUUUUAGCCAUGAAUGUCUUUGCAAAUACAUCGACACUAUCCUUCCUCCAGACUUAUCGCAGUGAAAAUAUUCACGUAGUUGAUAAUAAGUAUCAGCCUCGUAUAGGCGAGACAGUUGAGUUUAUUUAUGAUUCGAAUAGCGGAGAUGAAGCCAUGCGAAUAGGAUAUGAUCUUUUAAGGCAGGCUAUUAUAAACAUCGCCACUCCAGUUCAUGUUGAAGCUCUUGCACAAAUGCUUUAUCGAAUUCGUGACUGUCCUCGUCGUAUUGUUUUUCUAUUCUAUCAGAAAAAUUCUAAUGAGCUUUUUCACCCACCAGGUCGUGAAAAUAUUUGGGCAGAACUUGCAAGUGCUCGGCCUAAUAAUUUACCCACAGCAAUAAAGGGACAUCGUGAAUGA